UUGACAAUUUAGAGUGUUUAAAAUGACAAUUUAACUUUCAUGGGCACUGAAUGAUGUACCAUUAUCACAAAAAGAUUCUUGUGAAUCUCAAUUUAUACAGAUGUUGUUUAUACAAUGCACAAAAGCAAUGUUUUUCACUGGAAAAUUCGAGAACACAACAGAAAGAAAUAGACCUGUCACCUGGUUCUAAAUGUUCUUCAGAAACCUUAACAAAUCGUAAAUUUAUCCCAAUUACCAGGCGAACGUUGAUACGCAAAGUAGGUGCACAAAGUUAUUUAGUUCAUGAAGAUGAAAAGGAGAAGUUUGAUAAGCUUGUUGCUGGUUUAGAAUCUGCUUUGUCCCAGAAUUUUCAUGGUGUUUUGUCAGAUCUAAAGCAACUUUAUGAUCCUCUCAAUCCUGACAAAGAGACUAUGAUAGCAAUGCACAUUGGUCCAAAAGAACGUUUAGAUAAUGAAUUCCGACUCUUGGAAAAAUUGUCAGUUCAACUGCAAAAUGCAAAUUUCCAGGAACUUUCAAGAGAACAUAUUUCAUAUGCACUAGCUGAGCAUCCUGUUUAUGAAGGUGUUUUAGUCCAUGUCGAUAUGAAGAACUAUGACGUACUUCGUUUCUGGGUUUUGAGUGAGGAUGAGAUGCCAUUAGUUUCAAAUAGCUGGACAGAUCGUGUAAGAAACUUCAUAAAUGUGCGAGUUAAAAAAUGGCCCAAAACUGUGCGAACCUAUAAGCGCGUUGUUUUAGCUGUGCGUACUAAAAAGCAAAACAAGCUGAUGCUGAAAGCUUUCAAAGACAUUCCAAAGAACGGACUAGAAUACUUUUUACCAGAAGGCAAAAUAAAAAUGUCUAAAUACGACAAAGGUUUUAUUGCAACAACAGUGUCUAUUGGUGUUUUAAGUAUUUUUGUGAAAAUUCUAUCAGCUCUUACCGAGUAUUAUGUCUCAUGGACUUACGCUGUGGGAGGUAUUACAGGCUUGCUCGCAUUGAGGUCAUGGAAUGCGUACAAAAAUAAACGUAACAAGUAUUUAAUCAAUUUAUCUAAGUCAUUGUAUUUCAAAAGCAUUGCAAACAACCGAGCUUUGUUGACAUUAAUAGUAGACCGGUCUGAAGAUGAAAUACUCAAAUCAAUCUUGCUGGCGUAUACUUUUAUAAGAAUGGAGAAUUCUCUAAAAGCUGCUUCUGUGCAAGCUACGACUUCAGAGAUAGAUGUUGCUACGAUGGUCACAGUUAAUGAGUUGAAGAACGCAAUAGACAGUUGGAUGAAGAACAGAUUUAACAUUGAUGUUGACUUUGAUGCACAGCUUGCUUUGAAGCAUUUGGAGGAAUUCGGCUUGUUAAAAGUUCGAAACCUUGGUAAAAACGUGCAUCUCUCUGUGCCGUCAUUGGAUAAAGCUAUAGAGUUAUUACCUGCCCCUGAACUGUAUGAUAAUCGCGAAGAAGAACUAGAGAUUGAAGAUAUAUUUCCUGAAAAUGAUUUAGAAAUUCUGGAUAUGAGUGAAAAAAGAAAACAGCUGAACGCAGAGAGUGGAUCGCUUGGGUGGAAGUAAAUUCAUUGAUAAAAACCGUGCAGGAUUUUAAAAAUUUAUAAUUUAAUAUCUAAAAUUGUUUAACUGAAGGCUUAUUUAAGACUUGCUGUCUACAAUACUUCCGCGCCUAUCCUAAUUAUCUUUAAAUCACAAUAUAUAAAACCUUUUUUUAUUAGUCAUAAAGUUAAACCAGAUCGAAAUCCUACGACCGUGAUCAGAAAUUUUUUUUUGACAAAUCCACAUUUUGUGGCGUUUCUGUUAAAAUGAAAUAACAUAAAUAUCAAAGAAAUGUUUAUUCACAAUGUAAUUUUUUUUAAAGGCACAAACAUUUUCUUGUUUCGUCUUGGUGUUUCUUGACUUUAAAACAAUCAGACGAACAACUUGAGGAUCCUAAAUUUGCUUUCUUCUUGAAACGUUUAGAAAUACAACCAAUUUAGUAGAUGGAAAGUUUAAAAAUACAAACAAUCUUGAAGUACAACCAUUUUAGCUGAUGGAAUGUCUAGAAGUACAAGUUUUCAUCUGCUAGUAGCCCCCGGUGAAUUACCCCUCAGUAAAUUGCCCCCUGGAGAAUUACCCCCGGAGAAUUGCCACUUGGAAGAUUGCUCCCCAAUAAAAUGAUUUGUACUUUUUUUUAAAGAAUCGAAUCAGGAAUAUAAUUUUUGUUACGUGUUCAGCCUG